AUGGUUCGCAUUACCUCCCUCGCGACUCUCGCCCUCUCCACGCUUUCCCUGGCCUUGACCCCGGACCCGGCGGGUGAGAAGAACGUGGGCAACGGGCAGGGGGUCCAGUUCAUCGGGGGCCAGUGCCUGAGCUCGGCGGACUGCGCGUCGACGUGCUGCGCCGUGGUGACGGGCGAGAGCUUCGGCGUGUGCUCCGGCCUCGGCGCCCAGUUCCAGGCCGGCAAGGCCGGCUGCGGCUUCGGCGACGCCGCAUCCCCCGUCAGCGGCACAGCCGCCCCGUCCGCCUCGUCGAGCGCCGCCCCCAGGAACGGUACGGCGGUUUAA